UGUUUUACAUAUUACAUUUUAUGCAAAGCAAGUUUCAUGAACAUUGUAAAUACAAAUAUGACUUCUAGAGUGACCAUAUUCUUAUUCUUUAACUUGAUCUAAUGACCUAGUUUUUUAACCCACAACACACUGACAGUUUUGCAAUCAUGCAAUAUAUCAUUGAAUCAAUGUUCUCUGCUAGUUUGAUAAAGAUUGGCCUCUAGAAAGUGCACACGUUUUUCAUUUAUUUGAAUUUGUGACAAAAUGUUUAAUCCCAAAUAUCAUUGAGGAAAAUGUUCUGACAGAAUUUCAUGAAGAUUUGGAAAUAUAUGUUAUUUCUAGAGUGUGCAUAAGCUUUUAAUUGGAGUAAAUGACCUAGUUUUUAACCCCACGUGAUCCAAUUUCGAACUCGGUCGAGUUAUAGUUUGGGCAAUGAUCUGGUUAAGUUACUUUAAGAUUAGAAAAUACAUGUGAUCUCAAGAUUGUUCACGAGAAUUUUCUUAAAUUUGACAUGGUAGCCUAGUUUUUGACCUUACAAUACCCAGUUUUGAACUCUUAACGAUAUUAUCAGGGUCAAUUUUAUUUCCAAGUUUCAUGAAGAUUGGAUUAUAAAUAUGCCUAAAUCUGUUAACAAGCUUUUUCUGUAAUUUUACAUAGUACAUCGUUUUUGACCCCACAUGACCCAGUUUCAACCUCGGUUCAUAUGUUUUGAUCCCACAUGACCCAGUUUCAACCUCGGUUCAUAUGUUUUGAUCCAACAUGACCCAGUUUCAACCUCGGGCGAGAUAUAACGGAAAUAAAUAGUCUGACCCAUUGGAGAUUGUGUUCAAAUUUAGCUCUUAGUCUUCAAAUGGUAAAUUGUUACGACGGAUGACUAACGACGGACAAAUGGUGAUCACAAAAGCUCACCCUGAGCACGUUUUUCUCAGUUCGACAGCCUCCAGGAUGAAGCUAUGCUUAGACAGAGGAGUCUACGCUACGUCAUUUGCGGUUCUCGUGUUUUGUCUACGUCCGGCGCUGAUGUUUAAAUGUCCGGAGGAAAUCAAUCGCGUAUGCACGUGCUUCACGAGGAAUGUUUACGUGUCAGGCGUUCGUGAGGAGCGUCAUUAUGUUGAUUGUUCUUCUAGAGGAUUGUUUAGCUUGCCAUUUUUCGACUUUCCAGAGGAAAUGAAAUUGUAUUCAGUGAACAUUCGAAACAACUCCGUGACAGCUUUAUCGCUGUCAAACUUUCGCAAUUCCAUUCACAUAUCGAGAAUAGAUGUCAGUAGAAACCCACUGGGAAGUUAUCUCGAAAGUGAUCUAUUUAGCACUAAAAUCAAGAGCAUUGAAACGUUUAUCGGCAGAGAUAUAGGCCUUAAUCUGCAAAAUGUGACGUCAUUGGAGUUCAUCCGCAACAGUAACUCCCUGAAGGAACUGGAUUUGUCCGGAAAUAUGGAGUAUGGAGUGGACAUGCUCCCGGCCCUGUUUCAGGACAACAACAUCCAUUCGCUAGUGACGCUGUCUCUAGCACUCUGUCGCAUUCGUCGCAUCAACCCCCAUGCGUUCAUCGGACUGGUUCACCUGCAGGACAUCGAUCUUAGCCAAAACUUUCUGAAGAAGGUCCCCAAAGCGUUACAGCGGUUGACGCUGUUACGGAGGCUAAACCUCAGUGAAAAUGAUAUAGCGGCUAUCAGUUAUGGCGAUUUCAUUGAAUUACAUUGUCUACAAGAGCUUGAUCUUUCAAAGAAUCUUCUGGGACAACUCGACGCAUUCCGACCCGGUGCCUUCUAUGGAUUAGAAGAUUCGCUGACGUCACUCCGGCUUCACGAUUCUUUUUUAACGUCCCCGCCGACGGACGUACUGAGCGGUUUGAAAAAAUUAGAACAUUUGGAUAUUUCUUUGAAUGGAAUAACAGAGAUAACAAACUUUUCUUUUAUCGGAAAUUACGGGCUUGCUUCAUUGGAUAUCAGCGAAAAUCCGUUGAUAAUUCACGUUAAAAUGUUCGACAGUGUUCGACGUACUUUACGUGUUUUACGAAUGCGCAAAACUGGUUUAAAUUAUAUUCCUUAUUUAGGACAGUUGCAUAUGUUGGAAGAACUAGAUUUGUCUUUCAAUUCAAUUACAUCAAUCGAUAGCUAUUCUUUAAAGGGUGUCUCGGCCAGACGUUUAUUGUUUAGUGGUAACAGAAUACAAACUAUAGAUUCCAUGGCAUUUUCUCAAUACCACCUACCUGUUCAUUUAGAUGUUUCCUACAAUGAACUGGUUUCGCUAAAUUUUGUAUUAGACUCUCCGAAGUGUACGUUCUAUGAAGUUAAUGUUUCCUCAAAUGGGUUUUUAUGUGACUGUCAAAUAGAAAAGCUUAUAAAUUCCCGUCUGACUCACAGGCUGGUUGGAGAUUGUAUGCUUAGAACAGGGGAAAAGAUUCCAUUUAAUAACGCGACAUUAGUGACUGAGUUAGUACGCCAGUGUGGACGGACACAUUCCUCUUACUGCUUCUGGUGGGUGAAAAACUCCGCGGAAAGCUGGCGUUCCCAUGGUUAUAACAUCAUGUCUUUCGUGUUAUUAAUGUUAAUAAUAGACCUGUACAAAGUUUAGCGAUUACAGUUCGUAUUCCAAGCCAGCUCUUUAAACUAAAAUGUUCCAU